UGAAAGAGGAAGAAGAAUCUGUAUGCAUUGGCUAGCCAAUGUCUAUGCCCUGCUUUCUUGCAAAUAGCAACAACUCAUCUUUGCAAAACUUUAAAAAAUAAAAUUUAAAAAGUUUGCCUAAAUAGCAAACACAGAAUUGAGUGCACUUUUAGGACCCUGGGACAUAUCAAGAUUUACACUGCAGCUCACCAAGGAGGGUUAACUGUUUGAGACUGGUAUACUGGAUUUGUUGAAGAUUUGGAGCUUACUUGUGAGAGCACAUGCAAAAGGACCCUAAACUGUAAUCCUUGAAGGCACCAACCAGGCAUCCCCUGACGUUGCAACAUAAGAAACACUGACAACCAUAAUAAGAACCAUUUGUGAAGAGUACUAUAGUGCCAGAAAAAGGCACCAAACAGACAUUCCUAGAGAAACAUGGAUGAAGUUGGAAAUCUGACAAUAUCUUCUGCCAGUAAUAACACGUGCCAUGACAGUAUUGAUGACUUCCGCAAUCAAGUGUAUUCUACCUGGUAUUCUAUGAUCUCUGUUGUGGGUUUCUUUGGCAAUGGCUUUGUGCUCUAUGUUCUUGUAAAAACAUAUCAUGAAAAAUCAGCCUUCCAAGUAUAUAUGAUUAAUUUAGCUAUAGCUGAUCUGUUGUGUGUGUGCACACUGCCCCUCCGUGUGGUCUAUUAUGUUCACAAAGGCAGUUGGCUCUUCGGUGACUUCCUGUGCCGUCUUAGCUCCUAUGCCUUGUAUGUCAAUCUCUAUUGUAGCAUCUUCUUCAUGACAGCAAUGAGCUUUUUCCGGUGUGUUGCUAUUGUUUUCCCAGUUCAAAACAUUAAUUUGGUUACACAGAAAAAAGCCAGGUUUGUAUGUGUUGGCAUUUGGAUGUUUGUGAUUUUGACCAGUUCUCCGUUUUUAAUGGCCAAAACUUACCAAGAUGAGAAAAACAAUACCAAGUGCUUUGAGCCUCCACAAAACAAUCAAGCUAAAAAACAUGUUUUGAUCUUGCAUUAUGUGUCAUUGUUCAUUGGCUUCAUCAUCCCUUUCAUCAUUAUAGUUGUUUGUUACACAAUGAUCAUUUUUACUUUACUAAAAAGUUCAAUGAAAAAAAAUCUGUCAAGUCGUAAAAGGGCUAUAGGCAUGAUCAUAGUGGUGACAGCUGCAUUUUUAAUCUGCUUCAUGCCAUAUCAUAUUCAACGCACUAUCCACCUUCAUUUUUUACACAAUGAAACUAAACCCUGUGAUUCCGUCUUGAGAAUGCAGAAGUCAGUGGUCAUAACCUUGUCUCUGGCUGCAUCAAAUUGUUGCUUUGACCCUCUCCUCUAUUUCUUUUCAGGGGGGAACUUUAGAAGAAGGCUGUCUACAUUUAGAAAGCAUUCUUUGUCCAGCAUGACUUACGUACCUAAGAAAAAUGCUUCCUUACCAGAAAAAGGAAAGGAAUCAUAUAAAGAAUAGUUUAAACCCACCUCCAGUGCAAAACAAUGCAAAUAGU